AUGUACCAACAAUUAUUGUUACUUCUAAGUUAUUUCUUUGCAGCAAUUCUUGCUGCUGGUAGCGGCCCCACUAUCCUUGAUAUUAAGAAUGGGGUCAUAUGUAGUCCCGUGGUUCAAUCAAAAUCUAUGAAGGCCCAUAUUCAUUUAUAUGUUGAUACUAUUGAUACAAAAGACUCAUCGAUAAUUGACAGUUUAAGAUUCCCAGUAUUGAUCUUCCGUGCUCCCUAUGUUUACAAUUUCACCAACAUUCCAUCUCCUGAAUUGUAUUAUGAUUCAUACAUUUCAAACAAGGCAGAGUUAUACAAGGACAUUCUUGAUACUAAAAAUGCUAAAUUCAAACUUGAGCCGUUUGAAGGGUUUAACAUCGACCAGGAGAAAGUUUGGAAUGAUUUCAUAACUUUAGACCAUAAGAUUAAGGAAGAAGAGAAACAUGUUGACGUGGAUUUCGUGGUUCCUGAAUCUGGUAUUUAUUGUGUUUACAUUGCUCCACCCCAUGAUCAAGGCAUUACCGAUAUACGUGUACCUGUUCAAUUUAAGAAUGAGUACGGUAAUUUGUUAUACAAUGAGUAUAAAGUGUAUUCUCAAUUGAAGUGGGUUGUUCUCUUUGGAAUAGUGUUAUUUGCCGUUUUAUUCAAUCAUAUAUUGAAGCUUAUAGGUAAAGAUUUCAAGAAUAUGAAUCAAUUAUCAAUUAUUUCCAAGGGUAUCAUCUUUUAUAUCUUGGGUCCGUUUGUUACCGUGACUGCAUUCCAAUGGUUUUGCCUUUUCAUUACAAACCAUUUUAAUUCUUCGUCACUGGGUUCAAUACUACUUAGUUUUUCAAAACUUGUUAACGCUUGGUUCAAUAUUUAUACCCAGUUUGUAUUUUUAUUAUUCACAAUGGGUUAUGGGGUUAUUUAUUACCAUGAUGGACAAUCCCCUCAGUACAGAAUGUUUCCAAAGAAGCAGUUUUCACGGAUAUUUGGGUUAUUCAUUGCCAAUUUAGUUGUUAUUUUUCUUUUGCUGUUCUUGGAUGUCACAUCAUCUAAAACACAAUACUUCCAUGGUAUUGUCGGAGGAGUUGAGGUGAAUGAGAGUACUCCUUCAAUGAGAGUUUUAAUUGCUGGCGCGUUAAACUUGGUCAUUUUACUAUUUGCAUUGUUUUGGGGUAUUGCACCCAUAGUUUAUUAUUUCAAAACUAAAAAACUAAUUGCUUCUUUCCCCCCAACAGGUUCUGAAUCUAACUACACUGAGCGGGUAGUGAAAUCAUUUAGGCUUUCAAUCUGGAUUAUUCUUGGCCUUCCAAUUGUGAUUGUAUUCGUGGUGGUAUAUUUCUCUGUUGAAAAACUUCAAAAUGCACAAAAUUCUAUACCGGUACUACCAACACCAACCAGUGAAUUGCGAGAAAUUGUUUAUAAUUCAGCCAUGAAAUUCUGGAAUUAUGAAAUUUUGGAAUUACAACCAAGUGUUUUUCUUGGAAUCGUUUGGAGCAGUUGGGCAUAUUCAUUCGUGCUUGUUAUCUCGGUAUUUUUCAUUUGGGUCAAGGAUAAUAAUGGGCUCAUUAUCGAUCCUCAAGCCAAUGAUCCUAUUCAGUAUGCCGAUGUAUCUGAAUUUAACAUUAGUGACGAUGAAGAAGAGUCAAGCCAACCUUUCAGACCUUAG